CGGUCAGUUUUCUCCCGUGAGUUGCACGCGCGCGUCCUUUCGUGAGGACCGGCUCGUCGUGUCGUUGCUACCAGCUUUCGGGCUACAGCCUCGAGGACCAGGCCCGGCGUUGUGUUAGGAUAAGAACGACUCCACUCCGCAUCCUGGAUUCCUGCGGGACGGGGGAGUCGCAUCGGUCAUCAUGCACCAUCGACUGUCAAGGUCGCUGGGGCUCUUAAUAUUUAUUAUAGCGGCGUAUGUGCCCGACACCUUCGCAAAACACCAUCAUAUAAAAUUAAGGCACGGAAGGCACCGUCGACAACACGGCGAGAGUUAUCAGCCGAGCUUCUUCGUGCCGGACACGGACGAGCCUGAGAGUGGCAACUGGGGACCAUGGUCGUCGCCGAGCUCCUGUUCGCGCACCUGCGGCGGCGGGGUCGCCCAUCAGACCAGACAGUGUCUCGACAUAGAUGACGAUGGCCACGACAGGUGCGCCGGCUCCGCCAGGAGAUACUUUUCGUGCAACAUCCAGGACUGUCCCGGCGAGCCGAAGGAUUUCCGAGCGGAGCAGUGCGCGGAGUUCAACAGGGUGCCCUUCGAGGAUGUAUAUUACGAUUGGAUCCCGUACAUCGGGAGCCCGAAUAAGUGCGAGCUGAAUUGCAUGCCGCGCGGCGAGAGGUUCUUCUACAGGCACAGGAACACCGUGAUCGAUGGCACGCCCUGCAAGCCCGACACGAAUGACGUUUGCGUCAAGGGCAGGUGCAUGCACGUCGGCUGCGACAUGAUGCUGGGUAGCGACGCCAAGGAAGACGCGUGCAGAGAAUGCGGCGGCGACGGUUCAGAUUGCAAUACCGUUAGCAACUUAUUCGACGCGGACGACCUCCAUGUGGGUUACGUCGAUAUCCUGUUGAUCCCCGAAGGCGCGACGAACAUCGCCAUAAGGGAAGUGCAGCCGUCAAAUAAUUAUCUCGCCAUACGCAACAUCUCGGGCCACUAUUACCUGAACGGCAACUGGAUGAUUGACUUCCCGCGCAGUCUGCGCUUCUCCGGCACGACCUUCCACUACACCCGAGACCCGCAAGGUUUCGCGGCGCCCGACAUCGUCACGGCCUUGGGACCGACGAACGAGUCGAUUUACGUCGUGCUGCUGUACCAAGAUCGCAACGUGGGCGUGCAUUACGAGUACAGCAUACCGAAGAGAUUCUCCUCGCGCACGGACCCCGACAGCUACACCUGGGUAACCGACGAAUUCUCCACUUGCAGCGCCAGUUGCGGCGGAGGCUACCAAUCGAGACGGGUGGCCUGCGUACGGAGGCGCGACAGUGAGCGGGUGGACGAGGGCCUGUGCGAUUGGCAGCUGGAACCAGCUGACACGCAGAGCUGUAACGAAGAACCUUGCCCGCCGAUGUGGAUGGAAGGUCCAUGGUCCCCUUGCAGCAAACAAUGCGGUGAGGAGGGCGAGCAGAGUCGAGAGAUCAAGUGCGAGCAGGUCAUCGCGGGCGGGAUAGCUUCUGUGGUGGAUGAUUCUCAAUGCCUGGAGAAAGUAGGCCCGAAGGGACCUACCAGGCAGGAAUGUAACAGAGACGUGGACUGCCCGCAGUGGCACGAGGGACCUUGGAAGCCCUGCGAUCAUAUAUGCGGGCCUGGUAAGCAAACCAGGACGGUCACGUGCUACAGAAAGGUGGACGGCAGGAUCCAAGUGUUGGAAGAUGAGGCGUGCGAAACGGAAGCGCCGGAACGUGAGAAGACUUGCGAGCUGAGGCCUUGCGCCGGCCUCGAGUGGGUCACCUCGGAAUGGAGCGGAUGCGAGGAGAAGUGCGAUCUCACGAUGGAGACCAGAACCACCCAGUGCGCCACUCAAGAAGGCACAGUUUAUCCGGACGACAUGUGCGACGCGGGCAAGAAGCCCGAGCUGGAGAGGGAGUGCGAGAAAAGCGAGGACUGCGACUUCCAGUGGUUCAGUUCGCAAUGGAGCAAGUGCUCGGCGAAAUGCGGAUCCGGCGUUCAGACCCGCAAAGUGUUCUGCGGCACCUUCACCGACGACACCGUGAAGAAGGUCUCGGACGAGAAUUGCAAUCCCGACGAGAAGUUCGAGAAUACGAAGAAUUGCACCGCCCAAGAGCCGUGCAAGGGCGAGUGGUUCGCAGGACCUUGGAGCAAGUGUUCGAAGCCAUGUGACGGCGGCGACAUGAUGCGCAAGGUGAUUUGCAUGAAGGAUAAUAAGACGGUGCCUGUAAGCCAGUGCGACGCUGCCAGCAUCAUGUUCUCCACUGAGAAGUGUAACGAUCAACCUUGCGAGAAAGGCGUGACGCCGAGCGACGAAUGGGAGGACGAAAAAACAACGGAUUCGAAGGAGGUGGAGGAGGCAGAGGAGGAGUGCGAGGACGAGGAGGAGGAGGAGGAGUGGGACAGGGAGGAGGUGGAAGGUGUCCCCGGAAUCAGCUUACCCGCGGGGGGAGCAACGAUAGACCGACUGGUCGCGCAAACGGAAGCGACACCCUUGAGCUCGCCGUUCACCGGUAGCGACGCCUACGACACUAUGUUCAGCGACUCCACCAGGGGUGACAUAUCGCCCUCCGAGCUGGGUAGCGGCGAGGGCAGCGGCGACGAUGAGUUCACUCUGUUCGACACUACCUUCUUCGUCGACAGCAGCGUACUGACCACCGUCGAGAAGAGCGACUCUCCGGUCAGCGGUGCUACGACCGAGGGCAAAACUGGCACAACGGAGUUCGGCACGGACGUGACCGAGUCGUCGGACAUCACCGAGGAAACCGACGCUACGGUCGAGGGAUCCGGCGCGACCAUCGAGGAGGAGACCGGCGCCAGCGCGUCCACGGACGCGUUCACGGAAGGAAGCACGGUGGAAGGGAGUCAGGCCGCGACUACGGAAUCCGGCAGCACUGAAUCGGGAAUGACGGAAAUGUCGACGGAUGCUUCCGCCACCACUGAAAGCGGCGGAACGACCGGCAGCGGCGAAUCGACGGUUAGUGAGAGUUCGGAGCUGAUAACGACCGAAUCCAGCGAUAUGACGACUGUAUCCAGCGUAGCGACGUCCAGCGACAUGACGACCGGCUCCAGCGACAUGACGACCGGCUCCAGCGACAUGACGACCGGCUCCAGUGACGUGACGACCGGCUCCAGCGACAUAACGACCGGCUCCAGCGACGGGACGACCGGCUCCAGCGACGGGACGACCGGCUCCAGCGACGUGACGACCGGCUCCAGCGACGUGACGACCGGCUCCAGCGACGGGACGACCGGCUCCAGUGAUGUGACGACUGAUGCGACCGAGUUGACUGAUACUACCGGUUCUGCGGAAACCACGAUCUCUUCCAUGACUGCGUCGACGGAGUCCACCGAGACACACGUCACAGAUAUCACCGAUAUUGAGACGACCGACUCGACGGAGACGCAAACAACACCAACUACCGAACCCACGGACACUACGGAGUCCACAGAUACUACCGAGUCCACGGAGUCUGCGCCGACUACGUCUUCUUCGGAGACGGAGACCACGGUCACAGAAGAAACGCGAACGACCGGAAGCGACGAGGCCACGGAUUCCAGUACUGUGUCCGAGACAACGUCUGAAGUGACCCCGACUAUAACGACCUCUCAACUGACGACUAAGUCAGAAGAUAAAAGCGAUUCCGAGAUGGAAGUGGAAGGCAGCGACGUGACCAAGUCUCCGAUCACCGGAGAAACAGAUCUCACGACGGAAGAGACUACCGUUUCCGGGACGAGCCCGUCAGGUGCAUCUGAAACUACCGGCAGCGGCGAGACUACCGAGUCGGGACAGACUACGGAAUCGGGAGAGACAACUGAAUCGGGAAUGAGCACAGAAUCGUCGGCUGGGACUACAUCAGGUAUGAGCACGGGAUCGGCUGAGACAACGGAGUCCGAACUGACGACCGAGUCCUUGGAAACCACAAUGUCAAGUGAGACCAGCGAAUCAGGGGAGACGACGGAAUCGGGUGCGACUACGGAGUCCGGAGCGACUACGGAGUCGGGAGCGACUACGGAGUCGGGAACGACUACGGAGUCGGAAGCGACUACGGAGUCGGAAGCGACUACGGAGUCGGAAGCGACUACGGAGUCGGAAGCGACUACGGAGUCGGGAGCGACCACGGAAUCGGGAGCGACUACGGAGUCGGUCGAGACUACCGAGUCCGGCGAAACUACCGUGACAGCCUCCACAGAAAUGACCGAAAGUACCGAGUUGGGCAUGACGACGGAAUCGGGCGAGACGACCGAAUCGUCCAUCACGUCCUCCGGGGAGACGACGGUGUCCGGUGAGACGAAAGUCACGUCCUCCACGACCAGCGAAGACACCGGCCUCACCGAGAAGACACCGAUCACGGAGUUCUGGACGACCGCAUUCCCGGAAGCGACGACGCGCAAGCGACAGUGCAAGCCGAGGAAGAGCUGCAAGAAGACGCCGUUCGGCUGUUGCUACGAUGGCAUCACCGCGGCUCAGGGACCCUUCGGUCAAGGUUGCCCGACGCCGCAGACGUGUAACGAGACGCGAUACGGCUGCUGCCCUGACGGCGUGUCGCCAGCCACUGGCUCGAAGAACAAGGGCUGCCCGGAUUCUCGUUGUAACGAAUCGCUCUUCGGUUGCUGCCCAGACGGCGUCACCACGGCGGAAGGCAAUGAUUACGAGGGCUGCAAGAAGCCGUGCGAAGAUACAGAGUUCGGAUGUUGCCCAGACAUGGAGACGCCAGCUAUCGGGAAAGACAAUAUGGGAUGUUGCAAAGUUACCGAGUUCGGUUGCUGUCCUGACGGAAUUAAAGCUGCUUCUGGUCCCGAUGACGAAGGUUGCGAAGAAGAAGUCACUUCUAUGACGUCUCCGACCGAGAUUUACGAGACAACCACGCAACUCGUGCCGUACGAGGACUGCGCGAACACUACCUACGGCUGCUGCCCCGAUGGCGUCACCACCGCGAAUGGCACCAACUUCGCGGGAUGUGGCGUCAUUAAUACCGACAACUGCACCGCGUCCUACUUCGGAUGCUGCUCCGAUGGAGUCUCCGCAGCCCUCGGACCAGACAAUUACGGCUGUCGUAUGCCGUGCGAGGACACCGCUUACGGAUGCUGCGAGGACGGCGUUACGCCAGCUCACGGGCCGAACAAUGAGGGCUGCUGCUUAUCGAGCCCGUAUAAGUGCUGUCCGGAUAACAUGAUGCCGGCGCGCGGACCAAACUUCCACGGCUGCGCCUGCCAAUACACAAGAUUCGGCUGCUGCCCGGAUAAUUCGACGGCGGCGCGCGGACCGGGCAACGAAGGCUGCGGCUGUCAAUACACGCCUCACGGUUGCUGCCCGAACCGGUUCACCCCCGCCAGCGGACCCAACUUCGAGGGAUGUCCGUGUUACACUUAUCAGUUCGGAUGCUGUCCCGACGGGAUCACCAUUGCCAAGGGCGCGCACGGUCAAGGAUGCGGAUGCGAGAAUACGGAAUUCAAUUGCUGUUCGGAUGAGAGGACCCCGGCCAAGGGCCCGAACUUCGCCGGCUGCACGUGCGACACGUCCCAAUUCGGAUGCUGCCCAGACGGGGUCGAGGAAGCGCAAGGAGAGAACUUCGAGGGUUGCCUCACGGUGCCUACCAUGCCCGGUGCUUCAUGUGGGCUGCCGAAAGACAGGGGUUCCUGCCGCGACUUCACGGUCAAAUGGUACUACGACACCGACUACGGCGGUUGUUCGAGAUUCUGGUACGGAGGCUGCAAGGGUAACGAGAACCGUUUCAAAACGCAAGAGGAGUGCAAGGACGUUUGCGUUCAGCCGAAAGGAAAAGCUGCUUGUUUCUUGCCGAAGAUCGCCGGUCCUUGUCAAGGAUACCAUCCGACGUGGUACUUCGACGCCGAAAGGAAACAGUGCGGUCAAUUUGUUUAUGGCGGUUGCCUCGGGAAUGCUAAUAAGUUCAAAACUAAGGAAGAGUGCGAGGAACUUUGCGUCACGCCUGAUGGCAUAGACCCAUGCGAGCUGCCGAAAGAAACCGGUCCGUGCGCUGGCAAUUUCACCAGGUGGUACUUCAACGCGGAGUCGCAGGAUUGCGAGCAGUUCGUAUACGGUGGUUGCAAAGCUAACGGCAACAACUUCCCUACGGAAAUUGCUUGUCACCAGCAGUGCUUGCAACCGGGUCGAAGGAGAGAUACUUGCACGUUGCCGCGGACGGAGGGUACAUGCACGGAGAAGCAAUCUCGAUGGUACUUUGACCAGUCGGAGAAUCGCUGUAUGCCAUUCUAUUACACCGGCUGUGGUAGCAAUGAAAAUAACUUUGAAUCUAGAGAAGCAUGCGAGUCCGAUUGCCCGGCUAAGAUCGAGCAAGACACCUGUCUUCUGCCUGCUCUCCCGGGCGAAUGUCACAAUUACACUCACCGAUGGUACUACGACUCGUACGAGCAGCAAUGCCGGCUCUUCUACUACGGUGGAUGCGGCGGGAAUGAGAACAACUUCGAGACCGAGCACGACUGCGUCAACAGGUGCGUGACGGUCGUCACUACGCCCACUCCGCCGGGAAAACAAGCCGAGUUCCGAAGAGAAUUCUGCUUCCUGCGCGACGAGCACGGCCCGUGCACCGAGGAUCAAGUUAAAUGGUUCUACGACAGCAGCGUCGGCGUUUGCAGGCAGUUCCUGUACGGCGGCUGUCAGAGUAACGGCAACAACUUCAACAGUCACGAGGAGUGCGAGUACCGCUGCGGGGAAGUUCAAGAUCUCUGCUCGCUACCCAAGGUGAUCGGACCUUGCGACGGCUACGUGAAGCAAUUCUACUACGACCGACGCACAGAUUCCUGCUACGAGUUCGAGUACGGCGGCUGUCAAGGCAACAAGAAUCGCUUCCAGGAUAGAGAAUCCUGCGAGAUCAAGUGUAGACGGCAGGAGCCUCCUGCGCCAUCGACGACCGCUCAAAUCGUGACUACACCGACUCCGUCAGUCGAAGAGCCGAAGAGCCCGAUUUGCCUGGCACCGGCCGAUCCUGGCAACUGCGACGGCACCAUCACCUCGUAUUACUACGAUGCGCAACAGCGUAUGUGCCAGGCGUUCAUAUACGGCGGCUGUGGCGGAAACGCCAAUAAAUUCCAGACGGAGGAGCAAUGCGAGCGACUCUGCGGGAAAUUCCACGGACAGGACGUCUGCAAUCUCCCCAUGGACUUCGGCCCGUGCAGAGGCGCUUUCCGCAAGUAUUACUACGAGUCAAGCACGCGUACUUGCCGCGAAUUCACUUACGGCGGCUGCGACGGCAAUGCGAACCGAUUCAGCACGAUUCCCGAGUGUGAGUCCAUUUGCAUACAUCACGAGGAGCCGGUGCCACCCGGCAACGACACCAGCGUUUCGAAUCUGUCGAUCUGUAGAGAACCAGUCGACAGCGGAUCCUGCACGUCCGGCGGCACCAAGCGGUUUUAUUUCGACGAGGAACACCAAGUGUGCCGGGCGUUCAUUUACACCGGCUGCGGUGGCAAUCGCAACAAUUUCAAGACCUUCGAGUCUUGCAUUAUCACUUGUCUUAGGACGAGUAACGAGAUAGACGUGGACUCGAAGGACACGAAGGAUCGAUGCGCCGAGGCUAAGGAGGAAUGCAACAUCGUCCAUUGUCCGUACGGCAAGGAGCAGUAUGUGGACGAGCAGGAUUGCGAACGCUGUCGUUGCGUGGAUCCUUGCAGAACGAAGAUCUGUCCCGAGGGUACUCGAUGCACCAUUACAUUGGUCGCUUCGCAAGACGGCACUGAGUACAGAGGCGUUUGUCAAUCGAUCGUCAAACCGGGUCACUGCCCAAGAGUGUCCAACAGCACGAGAUGCGAGCAGGAGUGCGCCACAGACGCGGAUUGCGUCGGAGAAUUGAAAUGCUGCGACAGCGGUUGCGGUACAUCCUGCCUGGAGCCAGCGCCGGAGGAGCCUCUGAAAACAACGGCAGGACCAACCGUCACUCCGCCGCAAUACGGAGGCUCGCCUGCGAUGAUCCAGCAGCCCGAGGAGCCUCGUGUCAGCGCGCAAGAGGGCGGCUACGUCACGUUGAAAUGCAUCGCGUUAGGAAUCCCCAAACCGACCAUCACAUGGAGGAAGGAUACCACGCUGGUCGGACCCUCCGAGGCGAGACGGCGCAUAUUACACGACGGAUCCCUUCAGAUCACUAAUUUGUACACCUACGACAGAGGCACUUACGUGUGCACCGCUGAUAACGGUUUAGGACCGCCGGUAAGAGCGGAGUAUCAAUUGAACGUCACAGAACCGCGACAACUCGCUGUCUCCAUCAUCGGUGAGCCCGACACCCGCAUAACGGUGGUGAUGAACUCGCCGAUAGCUCUGCACUGUUACGCUGUGGGUUGGCCGAGGCCGCACGUCACUUGGUGGCGCGGCGACAACAUGUUACCUCUGUUUUCGGAUAAUUACGAACAGGACAGCGACUAUAGCCUCCUGAUACGCUCGGUAACCAUCACCAGCCUUGGUGUUUACACCUGCCAAGCGUAUAACGCCAUGGACAAAGCGGCUUCUUGGUCAGUGACCUUGCAAGCGGUCGGACCGGUCUACAACGUUAAACCCGAACACCAAGAGUACACCAAGUAUCUCGUUCAACCUCCGAGGAAACCCACUACCACCGAGAAACCGCAGUACCCGUACAGACCCACCAGAACACCGUCUCCUGAGUAUCAGACCUUCGCCCCUAUUUACCCUUCUAGGUCGACUCACGCCCCUCCUUUCCUCCCGACUACUACCGUCGAACCUGCCAGGUUCAAAGUGCCGGUCAAAGUCAACGUAACGGUGGAACAGUUACAAUUCCCUGAGGGUAGCGAAAUAAGCAUCGGCUGCGCCGUGGAUGGCUACCCUAUUCCACGUGUACUCUGGUACAAGAACGACGAACUUAUUCAAACGGACAAUCGCGUAAAGAUUUCUGAACUCAAUCGGCUCAUCAUCAACAACGCGAAUCGCGAGGACUCCGGCCGGUAUCGAUGCGAAGCAGCCAACGAGUACACUUCGGACUCCGACAACGUCGAUAUACGCGUAGCCGGUAUCUUCAUUCAUCCCCAUUGUCAGGACAACACGUUCUUCGCGAAGUGCGAGCUCAUCGUGGCGGCCAAGUAUUGCAUGCACAAGUACUACGCGAGAUUCUGCUGCCGAUCGUGCACGGAGGCCGGCCAGUUGCCGGUGAGGGGACCCCACCUCGACAACGCGAAGAGAAGAAGAAGAUCCAUCUUGCGUAUGCUCGUCUAAGAUGCCAAAUCGACUCUUCGGUAUUUCCGACGCGCGUGAUGGCACAUGUCGAUUCUGAUCGUGGCAUUCGUGGGAUUCGCGACAGAGCCACAACACGCACACGCACAUACACAUACACGAGGGAGGAGAGAAAUCAUACGCGCACCCACCCUGCCUCUCGGACGUGCCGAAUAAUCGACUUGUUAACUCACUGCCAAAGCCUUAGAGCGUUUAUACAUAGAUAUAAUAUAUAAACACACACAAAAUACAUGUACUUUCUCUCACACACACACACACAUACACACACACGCACACACACACAUACAUCUAACGUAAAAGCGACAUCGUGCUUCGGUCAGCACGGUCUCGCUUCGACGUCUCUAUCCAUGUAUAUACGAUCUGACGCUGAGAAUCCUAGUCCGACGGAGCCAUAUUAGGCGGGUUAAUUACUUGUUCUUAAGAGGGAAACGUCGCGACCGCGCGUAUCAGUCGGACGACAUCGGGCGACACCGAGGUUGUCACGUCAGAAUGUCGACCGAUGAAGCGCGUGGAUCUGCGGAUCGUGUUGUCGAGCCUGCGGGAAAUAUCGCUCCCCCUUCUCGGGCAGGCGUCUCCUUUCUCCCUUUUCCCUGAAACGCGUCUUAUCAUGUCAUCACAGUAAUCGUAGUUUUAUAUAUAUAUAUAUAUAUAUAUAUAUAUAUAAUUAACCCCGUAAGAUAUAUAAUCGACAACAGUGAAACACAUUCGUGAAACGCGUAAAAUGCGGCGUAACGCCACCGGUAAUCUCGUGGAUUCUGUUUCGGAAUGUUUCCGUUGCGAAACGCGCCGAGGAUUCGAUAAUUUUCGCACGGCCUCGAGAACACGAUCGCGAACCGAAGAGUCCCGAUGUGACGCGACGAUACAGCGUGGCCAUUUUUUCUCAUGCAUCAUGGUGAAGUCAAUGAUGCAUGCCCGACGAGAGAAGGGGGGAGAGAAAAAGAAAGAGAAACGAUACACACGAGGAUAAGGACACUGUCCAUGGUCCUUUUUCCCCUCAUUGGACACACUAUGCUGCGUGACUAAAAACGGAACUUGUACCUACUUGUGUGUUAAGCAUAUACGCACGUUAUGUUGUACAAUAUAAAUAGUUUAUUAUUCGAUAUGCCAUUUAUAUACUCUACGAUAUUGUUAUUACUUGUUUCUCAUGUGGGUACUCCCGCGUAUAUGUCGCCAUGACAGGCGCCGCCGAAACUUCUCCGCGCGAACGUCUCCCCUUCGGGAAAGGUGUUCGGCUUCCACUGAAGCGUCAACCUUGGAAAAACGACUGUCGAGCUCGCUUUCGACGAACAUUAAAUUAUCCCCGACGGCGGCACAGAAAUCACGACUUCGUAUCGAUUGGAGAAUUCCACCGUUUAUCGUCUGUGCGAGGAGGAUCUUGAAGCGCGCACUUGAGACUUUCAACCGCUCGUUUCUCGAGAGCAAAAUGCGCGAGCUACGCGCGGCAAACGUGCGAUUCCGCUCGCGCGAGCGGCGUGUGUGAAAACAUUGCUCGCGUUAUCCUUUCGAUCAUCUUUCACUUGUCGUUGCGUAACGUGUACAGUCGAUUUUCUACCUACACGACCCUAUAUAACAAUAUCAGUUAUCGCGCGCGCGCGCACAGCUGUUGCAUUUAACGACGUUUGUUCCUGAACAUCUUAACCGUAUAACUAUUGCGUAACUACUUAAAAAUAUCUCUCUCUCUCUCUGCGCUUUAGACGCAUCGUCAUCGCCCAUGAUGUAUGUCCGAUAAUAGAUCAUAGAUGAGUACCAGUUGACGAUUAUAUAGAAGUACGAAAGGAGGGAAAAAGAAGUGGAAAAGGUACCAAAACGCAUUUAUAUAUAUAUAUAUAUAUAUAUAUAUGUGUAUACACACACAUACACACCGUAAGUGUAAGGAGUCGCGAUCAUAACCGAUCGGAAUCGACGUAAUCGCGAGCCUCUAGGACACGACAUUCGAUUGUUCCGUACGUGCACCGAUUUCAGUCGCAGUAAAAGAAAAAAAGAAACGCAGUGCCUUAUUAGAUGACCUUCGAAAAGGAUUGGGGAAAGAGUGCUGAAUAUACACGACGUCUCCCUCGUUUAGUGUAAAUAGCCGCCGCAUCAUGUAAUCCCCGCACACGCAUACACACACAUACACACACAUACGCGCGCGCACGCACGCACGCACACACACACGCACACCUCCCGAGGCCGAGAGGCGACGACACCGCGACGAGUGUCGCGCAUGAAACGUAGACUUAGAGAAAUCACACCCGGCGUAACCCCGAUCCUCAAUCAGGCCCGAACAAGCCAUAAUCGACGAAGAUAUUAAGUACUCUUCUCCUCCGCGCUCCUCUCUAGAUACGACCAAGAGACACGUAAAAUCGUUAGAAGUACCACGUUAACGUAGCGCGACCCAGGUUAAUUAACGAUCUAGUGAAUGUGUAGGCACACAGAGUCGACGUUGAGUCAGCCGUUCCCGCGAAUUAGUUUACAGCUGCAACGAGAGCACACCACAGGACGGAAUCGCGCGCAAAAGCGGAACGUUGAAAACGCGAGGCGCAUCCUAGACGUUACCGUAUCGUGUCGCCCCCGUUAGUUCGUUAGGUCUGUCGUGAACGAUAAUAAUUACUUACGCGUCGUGUGAUUUUCGAGAGCGCGCGGCCGUCGUCCC